AUGGCCAGUGCGUGUGGAAAGUUUUUGUGCCGAUUUCUACCUCUCUUGGGUUGUCUCCUGCUGAUAAAUGUAUUGAAAUAUGUUCCGUCAGCAACGGCAGAGGGGCACUGCAUAUGGUAUGGCGUGUGUUCAAACACGACCACCAGACAGAAAAAUUGUUACACCGAGGAACCAGCUAAACCUUUAGAUGAAACUGGCAUGACGAUACUGAAGAAGUAUUGUCCAGAGUUAGCCAAAACCGGGUUGACAUGCUGCGACACACAGCAGCUGCAGAACGUGCAAACCAACAUCAAGAUGGCAGAAAUCCUGGCCCGCUGUCCGUCCUGCAUGGACAACUUCCUGAAGCACAUCUGCGGCAUGACCUGCGCCCCGAACCAGAGCGACUUCAUCAAACCGGUGAAGAUAGAGCAGUUUAAUACAACCCACAAAAUGGUGACGGAAAUAGACUAUCACCUCGGGGCGACUUAUAUGAACACAACAUACAGCUCUUGCUCACAGGUGCAAAUGCCGUCAACGAACCAAAUGGCGAUGGACCUAAUGUGCGGCGACUACGGUAGCGCGUACUGCACUCCGCAGCGGUGGUUCAACUUCAUGGGCGACGCGGAGGUGCCCUUCGUGCCCUUCCAGAUCAACUACAAGAGCGGGGACGAGCCAGUCGAUGGAUUCACCCCGUACAAUCCUCCCACGAGGCCGUGCAAUGUCGGAGUUGAUGGUCAGCCGGGUUGCUCGUGCCUGGACUGCGCGCAGUCGUGCCCGUCGCCGCCUCCCCCCGCGCCCGCGCCGCGCCCCUUCAGCAUCCACGGCGUGGACGGGUACGCGGUCGUCAUGGCGAUCGUGUUCGUCAUAUUCACCACGCUGUUCCUCAGUGGAGUCUACUGCUGCAACCAGCCGGAUAAUACUAUCGACGGGUGGGCGAGGGCGGCGGAGGCCAGGCGAGGCGGUCCCGAGACAAGUCCGCUGCACAGCCACAGAUCCAGUGUGGCGUCGGAUAAUAACCAGGAGAUGGCAUCGACCCCACACCCCGUUGGCUGGAACAUAGACCAGCCUGACGCUGCAGAGAGUGCGACGUUCUUCGAGAGACUUGGGGCUGAUGCUGAGACUAUGCUCGAGGACUUCUUCCAGUGGUGGGGGCAACUGAUGGCUUCCAAGCCGUGGACUGUGCUGUUUUUAGGUUUCUGCGUGAUCGUAGCGCUCGGCCACGGCAUGAAAUACAUCCAACUGACAACUAACCCCGUAGAACUGUGGGCCUCACCCACAUCGCGGUCGCGUAUCGAGCGCGAGUACUUCGAUUCCCACUUCGAACCCUUCUACCGCACGGAGAUGGUCAUCAUCAGCUCCAAGGGUCUACCGGGCAUAGAAUACGAGUCACCUUCGGGAACGAUCAUGUUCGGACCCGUGUUCAACUCGACGUUUAUGUUGGAAGUGUUGGAGUUGCAGAAGAAGAUUAUGGCGAUUCGAGGCAGCACUGGCAUAGAGGAGAUCUGCUUCUCCCCCUUAUCUUCCCCUUUCACCGGCCCCCCUACCCCGGAUCUUUGCACCGUCCAAUCAGUAUGGGGGUGGUGGAAGAACGACGAGGAAGACUUUAUCGCCGACUUGGAUGACAACGCAUACCUGGAUAAGAUCAUCAAGUGCUCCAAAAACCCGUACAUGUGUCUAGCGCCAUACGGCGGGCCGGUGUUGCCAGCGGUAGCACUGGGCGGAUUCCUAGCUCCGGGAGAACCUCUCAGCAAGAAGUCCCGGUUCCAUGAAGCAGACGCUCUCAUCAUCACUAUAUUGGUCAACAACAAACAUGAUAAAAAACUGCUCAAGCCAGCGUUGGACUGGGAGAAAGAGUUCAUAGCAUUCAUGAAGAACUACACAGAGAACUAUAUGCCUUCGUACAUGGACAUAGCGUACACUUCGGAGCGUUCCAUAGAGGACGAACUCGAUCGCGAGUCGCAGUCGGACGUUUCCACUAUACUCGUCUCUUACUUCAUCAUGUUCGCGUAUAUCUCCAUCUCGCUCGGACGAUUUACGAGCUUCUCGAGGCUGCUGAUCGACAGUAAAAUCACCCUCGGUAUCGGAGGCGUUCUAAUAGUGUUAGCAUCCGUAGUUUGCUCCGUCGGAAUGUACGGGUUCAUCGGAGUGCCGGCUACGCUUAUCAUAGUGGAAGUUAUACCGUUUCUGGUACUCGCUGUGGGCGUAGACAAUAUAUUUAUAUUGGUUCAAACGAGCCAGAGAGAUGCGAGGAGACCUGAUGAGACAAUACCUGAGCAUAUAGGACGCACGUUAGGUACAGUAGGUCCGUCGAUGCUGUUGACUUCAGCAUCGGAAUGCGUAUGCUUCUUCCUUGGCGCGUUAUCGGACAUGCCAGCAGUGCGAGCGUUCGCUUUAUACGCGGCAGCUGCACUCCUGGUCGACUUCCUGCUGCAGGUGACCUGCUUCGUGGCGUUGCUGGCGCUCGACACUCGUCGUCACCAUGGCAACAGAUUCGACGUCCUGUGCUGCUUGCAAGGCAAAAAGGACGAGAGCACGCCACAAGGCGACGGCGCCUUAUUCAACUUGUUCCGACAGAUCUACGUUCCGUUCCUCAUGAAGCGGGAAGUGAGGGCUUCCGUCAUGAUCAUAUUCUUCGCCUGGCUCUGUUCCUCGGUUGCCGUGGCGCCUCACAUAGAAAUCGGUCUGGACCAAGAGCUCUCCAUGCCCCACGACAGUUUCCAGCUGAAAUACUUCCAGCAUUUGAACAAAUACUUGAACAUCGGUCCGCCUGUUUACUUCGUGGUUACUGAUGAAUUGGACUAUUCGGAUAGAGAAACGCAGAAUAUGAUAUGUGGCACUCGGUUCUGUCGCGAGGACAGUGUCGCUAUGCAACUUUACUCGGCAUCCCGCACUCCCAACGAGACGUACUUGUCUCAGCCUCCCAACUCGUGGCUGGACGACUUCUUCGACUGGGCGACGCUCUCACAAUGCUGCAAAUACUUCCCGGGCAACAGCAGCUUCUGUCCCAAUGAUUACUACAAUGAAAAGAUUACCUGUGACUCGUGCAACAUUCCCCUUACUGGGCGGGAGCUUCGGCCCAGUCCCUCGGACUUCAAGCACUACGUGCCGUUCUUCCUUCAGGACAAUCCCAACGAGAACUGCGCUAAAGCAGGCCACGCUGCCUACGGGCAAGCCGUUAACUACAAAAUGUUGAAUGCCACUCAGGCUUCUGUAGGCGCCACUUAUUACCAAGGUUACCACACCGUAUUGAAGACGAGCAGCGAUUAUUACGAAGCUUUGCGCGCCGCUCGUUCCAUCUCCGCCAAUUUAACGGAAACACUAAAUAGAAACCUCAAAGAGCAAGGCAAGAACACUACCAAUGUGUUCCCUUACUCCGUGUUCUACGUGUUUUAUGAACAAUACUUGACAAUGUGGCCGGACACCUUGAAGAGUAUGGGCAUAUCGGUGCUUUCCAUCUUCAUUGUAACCUUCGUGCUGAUGGGCUUCGAUCUGUUCUCAGCUUUGGUAGUGGUAAUAACUAUCACAAUGAUUGUGGUGAAUCUCGGUGGCCUUAUGUACUGGUGGGGAAUUAGUCUCAACGCUGUAUCGCUUGUUAACUUGGUAAUGGCUGUGGGCAUAGCUGUGGAGUUCUGCUCCCAUCUAGUGCACAGUUUCGCCUCAGCCGGUGCCGGAUCGCGGGUUACCCGCGCAGCUUCGUCAUUGGCUCGUAUGGGCUCGUCCGUACUGUCCGGGAUUACGCUAACUAAAUUCGGAGGCAUCAUCGUACUGGGAUUCGCCAAGAGUCAAAUAUUCCAGGUGUUCUACUUCCGUAUGUAUUUGGGCAUCGUACUGGUGGGCGCCGCUCACGGCCUCAUCUUCCUGCCCGUCAUGCUCAGCUAUAUCGGCAUAACCCGUCGUCGAGGGCGUUGGCGGAUGCGGCGCGGCGGCCGCACCUACGGCAGUCUAGGCAGCUCGCCGGCCCAGCGCGCCUCCACCAGCGGCACCGUCAACGGCCUCACUGACGAGAUGUGA